AUGAAAGGCCUAAACCCUCAAACCACCACAACAUGGCAACAGCAACACUGCCAACACCUACCACAACACAACCCGCCCCCACAACACACAUCACACCCUCAACACCUACAACAACAACACACAUCAAACCCUCAACACAACCCACCACCACAACAACAGCACAGGAACUAUGACCACAGACAAACACAACAGAAACCCCCCACCAGGCAAAAACAGGACACAAUAACUCAGCCAAAACAAAACCCGCAACAAAAUCCACCCACACAGCAGCCACAUCAAGACGAACGAAAGCACAAUCAUAGAGACCCCAGACAGACACAAAACCAUGCCACUCCCAACCCACCCAUACUGGCCUCAAACCCCACGCCCUUCUCCCCCUACUCCACAUCACUUCCAAAAACCCCCCUACUUCCUACCCCACCCAAUCACAGUUACACACCCCCACCUCCAGCUUCACCCAUGACAAUAGCACCUAUGCUGACAGUCAGAACAGCACCACAGAGAAGUCACCCAAGAAAGGCCCCUUCCUUUUCAUUCAAGAGGAAUUCAGGGGGAAAGUAG